GCCAGCGGGUCCAGGCGAGGCCACCUAACCAACCGGCGCGUUAGCUUUUCUCGGGCUCUUCAAUUCCAUUAAUGCCAUCUAUUUCAUCGUCCCCUUUGCCCCCCCCCAAAAAAAAGAAAAAGAAAGAAGUAGGAAAGCAUAACGAGGUUGCGGUCAUAGUUGAUCAAUUGUCGCGAGGCUUUGGAGAGGGUGUCUCUACGAGAGACGCUUUGGUUUUUCUCUUCGUCUGAUAAAAAUCCGGGUUUCCUGCUUGUUGCCUGCUCUCACUGCGCAGCCAUGGGCCUCUUUGCAGUCAUUCUCGACAAGCUCUGCGAGCACUGCUCAACCCAGUCAAUAUGGCUUGUCGGUGCGACUGGCUUCCUAUCCUUAGUGGCCAUAUCCGUUGUCAUCAAUGUGUUGCAGCAGCUCCUAUUGAAGAACCCCAAUGAACCUCCCUUGGUCUUCCAUUGGUUCCCUUUCAUCGGUAGCACUGUCAGCUAUGGAAUGGAACCAUACAAAUUCUUUUCCAAUUGCCGCGCAAAGUACGGCGAUAUCUUUACUUUCGUCCUUUUAGGAAAAAAGACUACGGUUUACCUGGGAACCAAGGGCAACGAGUUCAUUCUUAACGGCAAGCUUCGCGAUGUUUGCGCCGAAGAAGUCUACUCCCCACUUACAACUCCAGUAUUUGGGCGCCAUGUCGUGUAUGACUGCCCAAACUCGAAGCUCAUGGAACAGAAAAAGUUUGUCAAAUUCGGUCUGACCUCCGAUGCGCUUCGUUCUUAUGUCCGCCUGAUUACCCAGGAGGUUGAAGAUUUUGUUAAGACCUCUCCUUCGUUUCAGGGGCCCAAUGGCGUCUUCGACGUAUGCAAAACGAUUGCCGAGAUCACGAUCUAUACAGCGUCGCGCUCGCUGCAAGGAAAAGAAGUUCGGAAAAGGUUCGAUUCCACAUUCGCAGAGAUGUACCAUGACCUGGAUAAGGGUUUUGCUCCUAUCAAUUUCAUGCUCCCGUGGGCCCCUUUACCGCACAACCGGAAACGUGACGCAGCCCAGAAAAAAAUGACAGAGACUUACAUGGAGAUCAUCAAAGAACGCCGACAAGCUGGUGGUGAGAAGGAUUCUGAAGACAUGGUUUGGAACCUCAUGUCAUGCGAGUACAAGAACGGUAUCGCGGUCCCCGAUGAAGAGGUUGCUCAUAUGAUGAUUGCCCUGCUAAUGGCUGGACAACACUCUUCCUCUUCUACUGCUUCGUGGAUCGUUCUGCGUCUCGCGGCACGCCCCGAUAUCAUGGAGGAACUCUACCAAGAACAGCUUGAAGUCCUCGGAUCUGAUCUCCCUGAGCUUACAUAUGACAGCCUGCAAAAAUUAGAUCUGCAUGCCAAGGUUAUCAAAGAAACCCUCCGUAUACAUGCUCCAAUUCAUUCAAUUAUUCGAGCCGUCAAGAACCCGAUGCCUGUUGAAGGCACCCCAUACGUGAUCCCAACCACUCAUAAUGUCCUUUCUUCCCCCGGUGUGACCGCAAGGUCUGAAGAAUUUUUCCCCAAUCCCUUGGAAUGGAAUCCACACCGCUGGGACGAGCAAAGUGAAGCCAAGGCCGAUGAUGAGGAGCAGAUUGAUUAUGGAUAUGGUCUGGUUACCAAGGGUACCAAUAGCCCUUAUCUUCCGUUUGGCGCAGGGCGACAUCGGUGCAUUGGUGAGCAAUUUGCCUACGUGCAGCUUGGAACAAUUCUGGCUGCAAUGGUGAGGGUUUUCAAGUUCCGCAACUUGCCCGGUGUUGAGGGUUGCCCGGACACAGAUUACUCGUCUUUAUUCUCAAAGCCUCUCGGUAAAUUGGUCGUGCAAUAUGAAAAACGCCAACCAGAUACCAAAUCAUAAUUGGAGUUUGUGGUUAUUCUAUCAGCUCAAUCUUCUGUCCUGGCAAGCAACCCGAAAGAAUGGUUGGCCUAGUGGAGGAAAAGGCACAGAAACCGUUCGUCAUUGUGGUAAAAGGCCCAUUUCGAAUCUUUGUUUUUCCUGGCUCUCCACACAGUCUCUCUGCGGGUUAUUUCUACGAAUGAAUUCCAGUUGUAAAUUAUUGUGUUCUUUUAUUUUGGCCGGCUUGCAUACCUGGCUUGUUCGUUUCUUUUCUUUCAUUCUUUACUUCAGGUACAUCAGUUUAAUUAUGUUACGCAUGAACCAUAGAUGAUAAAUG